UUUAAAAUGUGGAUUUUCAUGCUAGGGCUGGACCCGAAUAGCCAACUAUUCGUUCGCUGUGCUGGAAUCGGGAUAUAAAUUUUGAUCUCCAAAUCCCCCCCGCCGCCGAUACAGCAGAGAGAGAAGACAAGAUUCCUCUGAGAAGCAGCAGAGUGUCAGUACAUGUUCCUCACAGCAGAGACCAUGGAGAAACGACAAAACAGGAGAGGACGUGAUGAACAUUAUGUCAACGGUCAGCACUUAAGCCUGAAUGAUUUGAAACAGAAAGUUCCUCUGGGACACCGAUACCUCUACAAUGACAUCCCAGCUUACCCCCAGCCAGAGUUCCAUGUUUCUCAUCUGAAACAUGACACAAACCAAAAGGGGUUACGUGGCAUCAGGACGGACGAAGGCUUCAGGGUUCUACACAACGGCUCCGAAGAUCCACACAGAGGCAUCCUGCUGUGGUGGAGUCUGGCUGUGAGCCCUGAGGAGGUGAAGGCAGCUGAGACGAGGCUCCUGCAGCAGAAAUUCUCCGACCUUACAGAGGACCAGGCCGCCAUGCAUCCCAGCUUCCUCUAUAAGUUUACCACCUCUCCAGCCUUCUCAGAGAAGUCCAGGCUGGGCUCGUACCGCUUCACCUUCCCCCUGGAGGACGUGCUGGAGGCCUACCGCCUUCAGUUUUGUUCCGGGGAUCAGCCGGUCAUGCGGGUGUAUGAAACUGUCCUGUACAAACAGGAAGUCCAGCACACUGUGUUGGUCCACAGUCCAGCCAAUCAGGAGCGCUUCUCCAAGUAUCCUCUGCUGACUGACGACCCGAACGCCGUCUGUGUUUACAAAGAUGGCCGCUUCAUCUGGAGGCCGUACGCCAUAAGUAAGACACACGGGUAUAAGCUGGUGGAAAGAAAUGAAAUAAACCAGAUGGACGUUGAGAUGCUUCCUUGGCCAGAAACAGAGUUUUAUAUUUGGGAUAACGUCGCCAUCGCCCUGCAUGUGGACAAACAGACACUGGAGUUUGAUGCUGAUCAACUGAGAAAGAACCUCAAGUUCUGCGAUGAAGACAAACCAGCAAUCGGGAUUAUCGAUAGUUUCGAGGAAGCUAAAGACCAGGUUAAACUUUGGUGGCCGGACUGUGACUCCCCACUGGAGGAGGAGUGUUCACUAGAGCAGCAUUUCACGGGUGUUACAGCUGCAACUCACUGAGUCGUACUGACUUCAUGAUUGCCAGCAUUUUAAAAUUUCUUUUUUUUAAAAGUUUUUAGUCAUUCACUAAAAGUUUCAAGUCAUUUUUUACUUUUUUUGUUUGUUUGGGGUUUUUUUAAAAUACAUUUUGGGCACAUUUUUAGUCACGUUGUACAAGCUCUGGAUUAUUUUGGAAAAAAACUGACUCGACACACUCAAAAAAGGGAAAGAAAACAAUGCCCACAGCAAAAAUGUUUGAAAAUAAGGAGCUAUUUAUUAUAACAUUACAUUUCUUUAAAGCUCAGAAACAAAAAGGCUUAUGAUGUUACAGAUAAACUCAGGAUGAAUGGGGUCUUGGAUGUGAGUUGUGGUCAAAAGACUGUCUGUCUGGCAGGCCACACCUUCCUGGCAGUCUCCCAUGC